CAGCCAGACCCACUGGACCAGCACUCCGACUCACUUCCGGUUCGACUGGCUGUAACUCUUUCCUACCCGCAGCUCUGCUUCCAGAGGCGGCGGUUCGGAUAUCUGCGUAGUCAUUGGUGGAAACGCGCCGUCACUGCGUCUCCGUCGGUCUGUGAGUGGUGGUGGAGGCUGUCAGUCAGCGUUAGGCUGCUGCCGAGACUCCAGAGAGAGGGAGAUGUCAGAGGCUGAACUGCUCCCUCCCUUCAGUAGCACUAGUGGGGUUCAGCAGCCAGCAUGGCCACAGCUGCCUCCAGCCCCUACACCCUGCUCAGCUCCAGUCCCAUGAUCCACCCGGACAGCCAGGCCAUGCAGCCUGCUAGCCCCUACAGAGGACACCAGAAACUCCUCCAGAGUGACUACCUGCAGAGCGUCCAAAGCAACGGACACCCCCUCGGGCAUCAGUGGGCGAGCAGCCUGUCGGAGGGCAGCCCCUGGUCGGCCUCCAUGGAGCAGCAGGACGUCAAACCAGGCCGAGAGGACCUGCAGCUCGGCAUCAUCCAUCACCGCUCCCCGCACGUAGCGCAUCACUCCCCUCAUCACAACAACCAUGGCAACCACCCGGGAGCUUGGGGAACUCCGGUGUCCCACAACUCCUCCAUCACCAGCGGGCAGCAGAUCAACAUCUACUCCCAGACGGGCUUCACUGUCAACGGCAUGCUGGACCACGGCGGGCUCACACCUCCACCCAACCCGCAGGGCCAAGGCAUGCACCCGGGCCUCAGGGACACACUCAGCCCCGAGCACAGCGACCUCGGCGGGCACCACUGCCACGACCACUCCGACGAGGAGACGCCGACUUCGGACGAGCUGGAGCACUUUGCCAAGCAGUUCAAACAGCGGAGGAUCAAGCUGGGCUUUACGCAGGCGGACGUGGGUUUGGCUCUGGGCACUCUGUACGGUAACGUCUUUUCCCAAACCACCAUCUGCAGGUUCGAGGCUCUGCAGCUGAGCUUUAAAAACAUGUGCAAACUAAAGCCGCUGCUGAACAAGUGGCUGGAGGAGGCAGACUCGUCCACAGGCAGCUCUAGCAGUAUAGACAAGAUAGCAGCUCAGGGGAGGAAGAGGAAGAAGAGGACGUCCAUCGAGGUCAGCGUGAAGGGGGUUCUGGAGACGCACUUUCUCAAGUGUCCCAAACCCUCCGCGCAGGAGAUCACUUCGCUCGCGGACACGCUGCAGCUGGAGAAGGAGGUGGUGCGCGUGUGGUUCUGCAACCGGAGGCAGAAGGAGAAGCGCAUGACGCCGCCGGGAGAACCGCCGCCGCACGAGGGACCCUAUUCUCACAGCGGGAGCGCGGGAGACGCCUCCUCGUGUCAUGAUCUCUGACCGAAGCACCGGGAGGAAUCCCCCGGCACAGACUCUCGAGCGCACGGGGCGCGCGGUGGCACCUUCCAACCGCCGUGCCUGUCCCGGUACAGACUCCUCCAGAUGCCUCCAGCACUGACAGACGACAAUAACAAUAACAGAGAUACCCGUUCAGCCUUCGUCAUUUUCUAACUGUCAUGAGGGCAUUAUUCUAUAGCGGCAUAUCAAACGUCACAUUUCAGAUCACUUUUGGAGCCCGACAAAUUAUUUUCUACAUCACGGAUAUAAAUACAAAAUGUGCCUAAUAACCUGCCAGCGCCUUUGGUUUGUGUCACCAUUUCUCAUCAGCUCGAUAAUAAUGAUAGGGUGGGACUGAUGAUGGUUUUGUUUUGUUUUGUUUGGGCUUUGCCUCUGUUGUAUGAUCAGUGGAGUGAAACUGAUAAUAAUAUCACUUUUCUUAAUUGAUUUGUUGCAGCACCAGAGGCCAUUUUACAGUCCACCUCACGCUUCCCUCGGGCUUAUACAAUGCUUUAGUUCUCAACAUAUUUACAUUCAUUAUUUUGUAACAUACUCGUAGCAGAUCUGUAAUUAUUUUUGCAUAUGCAAAUAUAGGCCCUCAUUCCAGUUGUAGAGGUAUUGCUACCAACAUAAUAGCACUUGGAGGAUUUUUUUUUUGAUUCAAUUCCUCCCCUAUGGCCUGUAGCUCGUGAAGCCACACACAGUUAGAGCUAUUUAUAAAUCCAUUUAUUUGAUUUCAAUCAUCUUCGACCAUAUAAACUGUGUGGACUCUGAAACAGAGCCGAGAAUAGAAAGAGGGGUUGACUGACGCUAUACACCUGCCUAUAAUUUUAUUGUACGUUCAGUAUCAAAAUUUUAUAAUCUUAAAUACUCCUGUUAUUUGGUUUAUUUCUUAAGUAUUUUUUCGAAUAUUGUACAGUUUUAUAUAUUACCCUUUUGAAGUCAUUAAUUUAAACAAAUGCUCUUAGUUAUCCAUGCACUUAAUUAGCAAUGUAAAAAAAAACAAAAAACAAACAAACAAUAUUUUCAGUAAGAUUGAACUGUUUCGGCGGUUUUAUUCCAAAUUUCGAUGACAGCUCAAGUGAUUAUUUAUUUUCAGUAUAAAGCUUGUAUUAUGUUUUGAAAUAAACUAUGUAUGUUGUAAUAAACAAUUUCUUGCUACAACUGCUUACUGUCCAAAACAGAAUUCAACUUCUGAUGAAUAAAUAUUGAAGAUUUAGAAUUUGGAAAUAGACUUUAAAAUAUUAUAAUUAUUAUUAUUAUUAUAAUUAUUAUAAUUACUAUUAUUAUUAUUAUUAUUAUUAUAUUAUUAUUAUUAUUAUCAUUAUCAUUAUUAUUGUUCAUUGUGAAAGCAAUAAUCAAAAUGUAGAAUUAAAUUUCUCAAUUCAGUACUCUAUUUAAAUUUUUGCAUAGUUUGAAGAUCCUGUACUGAGUAAUGGUUCAAUCUAAAUUUAUGACUAGUAGAAAUCGUAUUUCAUAGAAAUAUGAUUGUCCAUUCACAUAUCUGUACACACAAAUACAACUAUGACUAAGCAGCAUAACCUUCACUCAGUUUCAAUGUCAUGUCAAAAGGCAACUUUUCCAACUUUUUCCGUGUCACUAACAGCUGUAAAAUAUCCAGUGGUUCAACAGGACCCUGGCUGCAGGUCUGCAGGCUCCACAGAUCACAGCAAACUGAGACGCUUUCUCCAGCAGUUCCACUAAAAUGUUAUUGUCCGGGCCCUCUGCCCUCCUCAAUCAGACAUGCGUGAUUUAUCGCCUGGGCUGCUGGGCCUGACACAAACACAAUGACAAACACACACACACACACACACACACACACACACACACACACACACACACACACACACACACACAUACACAGAUACACACAUACACACACACACACACAAUCAGAAGCAGAUGAAU